AUGGAAAGUCCGGACGAAGAAGACGACGUGAAGCUCAUCAAGGCCUCUGCCAGCCUAUUGUCAGAUCUUGAGUCUGCCUUACCGCUGCUGCUCUGGCGGCCAGCCGCAACCGCAGCUGGCAAGCAACGAGUACACACUCGCGUCAAGCAGCGAGAUCUUGACUAUGUGAUCAAGCUGAUUGAGCCGUUUCAGGGUGAGCCACAGCUGCUGGAUGCUCGCCUGAAGUACCUGCUCCCACCACUCGUCGAGGCCUACCUUGCAUAUCUACCUUUGACUGGUGGCAAUAGGGCGGACCGACAUGUUGAUCUGGAGACUGCUGUUUGCACCAUUCUCUACACCCUCUGCAAGGUCAGGGGCCACAAGGUUAUCGUCCGCUUCUUCAGUAACGAAGCCCGCUAUCUCGAACCGCUUGUGGAACGACUCGAGCGGACCACUGCGCCAAAAUGCGACGUGGAUGUAGCAUGGCAAGUGCAUUAUGUCCUUUUAUUGUGGCUCUCUCAUCUACUCCUCACGCCCUUCGAUCUUUCUUCAAUCUCCGAGACCAAACCUGCAAUAUCGCAAGCGCUCAAUCUAGAGCUUCCAGCAGAGCUGCCUCCAGUAGCAAUUAGAUGCGUGACGGUUGGCCUGCAUCAUCUCCCUUCGGCGACGAAAGCACAGGAUGCCGCGGCUGCCAUGCUUGUGCGGCUGUCUGCCAGACCUGACAUGCAAAAGCUCCAUCUCGGCGAUUCUUUGGUCCGCUAUGCAAUACAAUCCCUAACAGCUGACGGCAAUGAGUCUACUACGAUAUACCAACAGCUCGCUCCGCUUCGCUUUCUGUCCGGCAUUGCUGCAUCGUCUGAGAUGGGGCAUCUGGUACCGCAAAUCUACAGGACCUGUCUACGACUAUCAGUCAAUGAAGGUAGCCCUGCCACUGGUAAUGCAGUGGCGAAAAUGCUCGUCAUCAAGACGUUUCGCAGCGUUGCGAUCCUAUCAUUGCGGGCUGUGCCUGCAGAAGGUCCGCUGGCGAGCUUUCUGCAGACGACAAGCGUACUGGAAGACGUGAUCGACUACCUUCUGCGCUCGUUGCGCGAUCGUGAUACCCCUGUUCGUUAUGUUGCUGCAAAAUCAAUCAGUCUAAUCGUCCUCGACCUCGACCCAGACAUGGGCCAUGAAGUCAUACAAGCCGUCCUUGACUCAUUCCUUGAAGAUAUGCCAAGGACAGGCGGAGUAUUAGACGUUCGUGCAGCAGAUCCCCUGAGGUGGCACGGCCAGACGCUCACGCUAGCACAUUCGCUGUUCAAGCGCACUGCAUCGCCAGCACAACUUUCGAGCAUUAUCAACACGCUUAUAGCAGCGCUGCAAUUCGAGCAGCGGACGACUACAGGCAGUACGCUUGGCACAAACGUACGCGAUGCUGCGAACUUCGGCAUCUGGUCCGUGUCGAGACGGUACACUACAGCUGAGCUGCUGAGGGUUGAUGCGACGAGUCUACACUUUUCUUGCGGAGAAGUCCCGGUGUUGCUAGCAGUAGCAACGCAGCUCAUCCUUUCGGCCUGUCUCGACCCUGCAGGCAACAUCCGGAGGGGCUCGUCUGCAGCCUUGCAGGAGCUUGUGGGCCGACAUCCCAAUCAAGUCCACGAAGGCAUCUCCCUUGUACAGAUCGUCGAAUAUCAGGCUGUUGGUCUGAGACGGAGGGCCACGAUCGAUGUCUCUAACAACGCUGCCGUCUUGCGAUGCAACUAUUGGGAGGCACUGGUGGAGGGUUUGCUUGGCUGGCGUGGCAUUGGAUCACCUGACGUCGCAUCCCGCGAAGCCGCUGCUACCUCACUGGCCAAACUCAGUACCAUAGACGGCCGUACACAAGAUGUGAUAGACAGACUCGCUGAGCAUCUCACCGAGUGUCCACCAAGCGAGGCGGAAGUACUGCAUGGGCUCUUGCUUUCGGUGUCGAACGCUCUCGAUACAGAUUACAAGGUCAGUACUGUCGGCUUAUGGCCAUUAAUCGAGCGUCUAACGCAGUUCCUGAGCAACUUCACGCCUCGUAUUCUGCGUUCGGAGUUGCCGGCAGCCGCCGCUCAACUGAUAACCUCGCUAUGCCGGUGCAGACUUCAAAAUGGAGACAGGGACGAGGCAGAUGACCAGAUACCCUUGAUAGAGUCGCUGGUCGAGCGCUUGACGGCCCGGCAAGAGGAGUCCGUCUUGCGUCAUCUACCUGCGUUGGUGCAGGCGCUGUUAGCGCUCAGGCGCGAAGCCAAGCAGCCCCUCGGCGCCAUCGGAGUGCAGACGCUUUGUAAAAAGGUCGCCACCGACACUUCCAAAACCACGCUUGGUGGCGCAGGGAGAUUGAUUGCACUGGGCGCGUUAGCUGCAGCCUAUGGGAGCGGUUUACACGGUGAGAAGGCGGAGACAGUCGUUCGAACUCUUGCUGCCGUGGUGAACAGCGCAGGUGUUGACUGGAGAGUCAUUGGCGUUCGGGCAUUGCGGCUUGCGGUGCAGAGUACUUCCACGAGCUCGACCAUUGACGGAAACAUUGCAAACACCAUCGCACAAGCCUUGCACCGUGGACUGCACGACUAUACCAUCGAUGAGCGAGGCGAUGUCGGCUCGCUUGUAAGGUUGGAAGCAAUAGCUGCGGUGGUGGACAUACUUAGUAGUGCUGCCUUCUCACAACAAGCGGAGUCGGUGAGACUUCUGCAAUCUGGCAUCUUUCGAUUAUCUUUGGAGAAGCUCGACCGAGUCCGCGUGCAAGCUGCAAUGUGCCGACGGCGCUUCCUACAGUCUAGGGAACCUGUUACAGAUAUCGCAAGUGUCUCGACGUAUGAAUACUUCUGCGAUGCCAUGAGCCCACUUCUUUCGAACAGCGCAGACGCAAGUGAGCAGCGUGCCGUGCUUGAAGGCUGCAUAUCCUGCGCUGGCGUUUGUGCUGAGGCUUUGCUGCAAGCCUCGCGGGCCGCGCUGGCAAAGACGCUGGAUGCGGUAGAUGACGAGCUACUUGCUGAUCACCUGACCGCCUUUGCAGCUGUGUUGAAAGCCAUGUUGAUAGCACGGUCCGACAUGCACCCAGCGCUUGAGCUUCUGGCCUUUUUGCUCAAUAUGCAGAUACCGCAGCGGCUGGCGGAUACAGACUUCAAGUGGCGUGGUCUGCUCUCAACGAUACAAAAGUCCCACCACAAAUCGAACGACAUUCCGAAGAUCCUAGCUGCAGUCCACGUCUACCAAGGGCUGGCGGAUGUUGCUGUGUUGAGAGGAGAUGUAGUCAGGAAGCUGGCGAGUAUGCUCAAGACGAACCCAUAUCCGAGGGUGCGGGUGACUGUGGCGGAAGCACUCUUCCUUGCCACAGGGUACGAAGAGCUCAAAGCGAAGGACUGGACCAAGCCGGUCAAGGAGAAUGCGGAUGUGGUUGAAACACUGCUUCAGAAGCAUGUGAUCGAUUAACGAUCUGCCAUUUGAAUCACUGAGGCAACGAAUACACACCACGAUUUACUAAGCAUCGUUGAACUCGGGGCAGAAUGUAGUGAAGUUCAAUGUUGAUCAUAAUAGAAUACUCGCUUAGGGUAAACG